GCGUCUGAAAAGUAAGCAAAAAAUACUUAUUGUUGAAAAUGUUGUUAGUAACUACUUUGCUCCUUUCUGUUUUUAUGCUGAAUGAAGCUGAAGGUUUGAAUCUUGAGAUCCAGAUCCCUUCAGACGAUGCUAUAUUUUGUGCUAAACUGCAGUGUUCGGAGAAAAUCACAGGAAACACAGAUGUAACAAAAUUGGUCAACAUCUCGGUUUAUAAAGUCGAUGAUCUAGAGGGAACAGUUCUGCUGGCAUCCGUUCCGGAUAUGAGUCACACGUUAUCAAGCGUGAAGGUGUCUCGAAUUUUAACUUCAACUGUUGGAGAGCUGAUUUUAUUCUUCAAUGUAGAGCAGGAAUGUCAGACGAAAGUGUUUGUCUGUGAGAUGUACUACAUUAACAAGAAAGGCGAGGUAGAAAUGAAACAAAAAGUUGAAAAUAAUCCCAGAAAGAUCACUAACAAAGAAUCAACAGCUGCUGUGCUGAGAAGAGAAACCGACCCGUUUUCCGAACUAAAUUUGUUAUUAAGAGUUGGAAGUAAGCCGCCUACGUCUGAAGUAAACCUUCAACUUGGUUUAACCAGAUCUAACCUAAAUUAUUCAGCUGAUAUGAAAAUGCAGUUUCAAGGUUCUGAGAAUCUUGCCUUACCCAACGAAGAAAAUAAAGAUUUGGUCAAUCUUCAAAACCUUUCCAACGAAAUUAGGAAAAAAUACAAGUUUCUUGAAGACAAAUUGAAUAAAUAUAAAGCUGAAAAGAAAAUUAUAAAGACGGCGCUGGUUGAUGCUUAUUACGACGCUGUAGACAGUGAGGCAAUAAUAAAGCUUCAGUGUUCUAAGGACGAUGACCCAAGUUUACCUGAGCGUUUGAAGUUUAUGCUAACAAAACACAAGCAGGCUUUGUGCGACACGAAGACAGAAGGAGGGGGAUGGAUUCUAAUUCAGAGACGUAUAAAAGGAACAGAAAGUUUUCAAAGAACCUGGAAUGAAUACAAAAAUGGAUUUGGUGAAUUAUCAGGAGAUUUUUGGUUAGGAAAUUAUUGGCUUUGGAAAUUAACGUUCAUGGGCUAUAAUGUUUUGAGGUUCGACAUGACGUACCAAGGGAUCAGCUACUUUGCUGAAUACAUGAAUCUCAAAGUUGAAAAUGAAGAAAAUUUCUACCGGAUAAGUUUCUCCACAUACAGGGGCAAUGCGAGCGAUCAAUUCUAUUACCAUAACGGUAUGAAGUUUACAACAAAAGAUAAAGAUAAUGAUGAAGCAGAAAAGAAUUGUUCACAUUAUCGCAAAGGUGGUUGGUGGUAUAAAGCCUGUCAGAAUGUCAAUGUAAAUGCUCUGUGGAGAAGUGAAGGCGAAUUCACAGGUGUUUUUUGGGAGACGGUUACCCCAGACCAUGGUUCGUUGGAUACCAUCGAGAUCAAAAUUCGUGUAGAAUAAGUGAAUACAAAAUAUAUAUUUAAUGUAUACUUUGUAUUCUUAUUUUUAUGUAAUUAAUUUAAAACCUGUAAACUAGUAAUAUUAUUUUCUGCAUAUAACUUGAAAAGGAAAUGAAAAUAAAAUAAAACUGUUUACAUUUGUUAGUGAUGGUGUAAUCGAUAUGGUCGUUGUUUUUAAUACUAAAUAUAUUUUUAAUAUUCAAUGUGUAUUUUGUCUAAUUUUAAUUUCUUUAUCACAGUUCUUUAUUUCACAAUUAAUAUUCAGAAUACAAAAGUGUAUUAUGUAAAUUGUUAAGCUUAAUAAAUUACACGCUGGCUUUAAAUACCAGGUCCUCAUCCACUAUAAUACAAUGGCAAUUUCUUGCUUAAAUUAAUGAACAUGUUUAGAACUUUAAUCGACAGUUUUUCAAUAUUAAUAGUUCGUGUAUUCAAAUCACUGCAUCAAUGAUUUGCCCUUUUACGGCGGCUUGUCCAUGAACAGCUAUAAGAUUUGGAAAGAAUAAAAAUUAAGCUAAUUGUUAAGCUAAAAUAAAACUAAACGUAUGUAUUUAAAUAUCGGCUACGCGUAAUUUCUCG